CGACCUAUAGACUGCGAUUGUUUUGGUUGUUGACAUUGACAGUUAGUGUGGCUCAAACUCAAAUCAAUUUUAAACUUGUUGAAACUUGUAAUAGUAAUUAAUUUUUUUUAUUUCAUGUUAGAAAGUAAUACUGUUUUCUGAUAUACUAUAGUCUCAAACUCGUCUAAUAUACAAAAAUAGUUGUAAAAAUGGCUCCUAAAAGAAUAGAAAAUGGUACAGUGAUCAUUUUAGACAUAGGAAGAAACGUUUCGGAACCAGAUGAAAAGAACGGGAAAAGUUUUUUUGAAUUGGCUAGAGAGUGCACUAUACAUAUAAUAGAAAGAAAAAUAAUAAGCCAAGGCAGUAAUUUACUCGGUAUCAUCUUAUUAGGGUCAAAAAACACUAAAAAUAAUUUAGCUGCAUCAGGUUGUAAAUAUAUAGAAACAUACGCUGACUUACAAUAUCCUACUUGGCAAAUGAUUCGUGACUUACCUGAGAAGCCUUCAAAAGCAAGAGGAAAUUGGUUUGAUGCACUACUGGUAGCUGUUGAUAAUUUUAAAAGUGAAAUAAGUGCUAUGAAGAUUAUUAAUAAGCAAAUAAUAUUUAUGACAAAUUUCCAAAAACCAUCUGGCAUAGAGGACAGUGAAUUGGAGCAGAUUCUAGCUGGCUUACAAGAAGAAGAAUUUCAAAUUGACGUAAUUGGUCUAAAUGUAUAUUCAAAUGAAUACAAAAAUGAGGAAAUAGAACUUGUAAAAAAAAUUGUGGAAUUGACAAAUGGAGUCUCGGUAACAUUCGAAUUUACCAUGAGAUACUUACUAUUUCAUAAGAAGAAGGCUGUAAAUGCGGUACCCUGGAAUGUAGAUUUAAAUAUUGGCCCCUCAAUAAAAAUACCAGUAUCAUCAUAUAUCAGAUUAAAAGAUGAAGCAGUUGUAAAAAAAUGGAUUAUGGCAAUAAAAGACCCAGUCACAAAUACUAAAAGUGCCACAGAAUACAUGCAGAAAAGUAAAAUUUUCCUUAACCCUGAAAAUCAAACUGUGAUCGAUAAGGAUAAAAGCAUCAAGGGCUAUCAAUAUGGACAACAAGUCAUACCAUUCUCUGACUGUGAUGAAGCUAUGUUGUACGAUUCUGGUCCAAAAUCCUUAUCAGUGUAUGGUUUUACAAAGGCUUCAAAUAUAACAUGGCAAUGUCUAAAUGGUGAUGGUUUGUCGUAUGUUUUUGGUCGAAAAGGUGAUAAAAAAGCACAAUAUGCUGUCAGAUGUUUAGUCGAGUGUCUUCAUGAAUUGAACUUAGUUGGAAUAGUGAGGAGAGUGUAUAACAAUGGAAAUGCACCAAAAAUGUAUGCUCUUAUGCCUGUUCUUGAUUCUAAUAACUUUUUUUGUCUAUCCAUGGUUGGCAUAUGUUAUAAAGACGAAAUAAAGAAUAUGUCAUUUCCCCCAACAGAUAUUAAAAAGUAUGCAUGCUCUGAUGAACAGGUUAAUGCUUUUGUUAAUUUAAUUAAAGCAAUGGAUUUAAUGAAAGCAUAUGAAGAGAGUGACUUUGAUGAAACAGAAGCAUUUCCAAUUGCAAGAAUAGUUAGUCCAUCGGCUCAGUAUGUUUUAGACUGCAUAGCUUUUAGAGCCAUGAAUCCAGGAAAACCUCUACCGCAACCAAGAGAAGAUAUAAAAAUGCUGUUCAAAGUACCCCCAUUAGUAGAAAAAAGGAGUAAACAGUCCCUGGAAAAAUUAAAAAGUUUAUUUGUUUUAAAUAAAGUUGAAAUAAAAAAGAAGGAAAAGAAGACAAGUGAUGCAAUGGAUGUAGACCAGUUUGAUGAUGCCUCUACCUCGAAAUCAUUUGAUAAAGAUAUGAAGAAUAUUCCUAAAAUUGACCUUAACGCAUUUAAGAAACCUAAUUAUCAUAUAAAGAAGAUUGGAACUCAAAAUCCACUUGAUGAUUUCGACACCCUCAAAAAAGAAGGUAUCAGCAUGAAAGACCUUGCUACCCAAAUAACAGCAGUAAUCGAAAGUAUGGUUUAUGGAAAUAUUGAUGGAGACCUCACAAAAGUUAUGGAAGUAAUGUCACAUUUUAGACAAGAAUGUAUUAAAUCAGAACCUUCACAUUACAACGAUUGGCUAAAGAAUUUCAGAAUGGAAUUAAUAGAUCGUAAUAGAGACGAUGUUAUCAAAAUAAUUCAUGAUAAUAAACUUAAUUAUAUUUUAAAGAGCGAAAACAUUCUAAGUAACACUGAGUCUGACUCAUGUGAUGAUAGUCAAGUAUAUGAAACUGAUACAAUACCUAACUUGACAGAAGUCACUAUAAGUUCAGAAGUUAACGAUCUUUUUGAUAACAUGUAGUAUUAAUAUAAUUAUAUUGUUUGUAUUUUUAUUGUUUGCUUUUUGAAUAAUUGUUUGUGAUAUUUAUAGUUACUUGACUUUUUAGAAUUGUUAAUGUUGUAAACUAAUUUUCUAAAAAGUAGUACACUUAUUAUUACUUAUUAAAUAAGCAAAAUAAGAAAUUAAUAAUUAAAAAAUAUUAUAGUUUUGGUAUAUCCAUAAAGUAAAGCAUAACUUGUCAAGAUUUAUUAAAUAUUUUAUAUA